AUGUGUUCCAGAAGUGUUCAACUGUCUCUUUCUGCCUGUUUAGUUCCCCUGUGUUCGCGAAGUGUUCAACUAUCUCUUUCUGCCUAUUUAGUUCCCAUGUGUUCGCGAAGUGUUCAACUAUCUCUUUCUGCCUAUUUAGUUCCCAUGUGUUCGCGAAGUGUUCAACUGUCUCUUUCUGCCUUUUUUAAUUCCAUGUGUUCCAGAAGUGUUCAACUGUCUCUUUCUGCCUGUUUAAAGUGUUCAACUGUCUCUUUCUGCCUUUUUAAUUCCCAUGUGUUCCAGAAGUGUUCAACUGUCUCUUUCUGCCUGUUUAGUUCCCAUGUGUUCGCGAAGUGUUCAACUAUCUCUUUCUGCCUAUUUAGUUCCCAUGUAUUCCAGAAGUGUUCAACUGUCUCUUUCUACCUAUUUAGUUCCCAUGUGUUCCAGAAGUGUUCAACUGUCUCUUUCUCCCGUUUAAUUCCCAUGUGUUCCAGAAGUGUUCAACUGUCUCUUUCUGCCUGUUUAGUUCCCAUGUGUUCGCGAAGUGUUAAACUGUCUCUUUCUGCCUGUUUAGUUCCCAUGUGUUCCAGAAGUGUUCAACUGACUCUUUCUGCCUAUUUAGUUCCCAUGUGUUCCAUAAGUGUUCAGCUGACUCUUUCUGCCUAUUUAAUUCCCAUGUGUUCCAGAAGUGAUCAACUGUCCCUUUCUCCCUUUUUAAUUCCCAUGUGUUCCAGAAGUGUUCAACUGUCUCUUUCUGCCUGUUUAGUUCCCCUGUGUUCGCGAAGUGUUCAACUAUCUCUUUCUGCCUAUUUAGUUCCCAUGUAUUCCAGAAGUGUUCAACUGUCUCUUUCUACCUAUUUAGUUCCCAUGUGUUCCAGAAGUGUUCAACUGUCUCUUUCUGCCUUUUUAAUUCCCAUGUGUUCCAGAAGUGUUCAACUGUCUCUUUCUGCCUGUUUAGUUCCCAUGUGUUCGCGAAGUGUUCAACUGUCUCUUUCUGCUUAUUUAGUUCCCAUGUAUUCCAGACGUGUUCAACUGUCUCUUUCUACCUAUUUAGUUCCCAUGUGUUCCAGAAGUGUUCAACUGUCUCUUUCUGCCUUUUUAAUUCCCAUGUGUUCCAGAAGUGUUCAACUGUCUCUUUCUGCCUGUUUAGUUCCCAUGUGUUCGCGAAGUGUUCAACUAUCUCUUUCUGCCUAUUUAGUUCCCAUGUAUUCCAGAAGUGUUCAACUGUCUCUUUCUACCUAUUUAGUUCCCAUGUGUUCCAGAAGUGUUCAACUGUCUCUUUCUCCCUUUUUAAUUCCCAUGUGUUCCAGAAGUGUUCAACUGUCCCUUUCUGCCUGUUUAGUUCCCAUGUGUUCGCGAAGUGUUCAACUGUCUCUUUCUGCCUAUUUAGUUCCCAUGUGUUCCAGAAGUGUUCAACUGACUCUUUCUGCCUAUUUAGUUCCCAUGUGUUCCAGUAGUGUUCAAUAG